CUUUACUUGGAGCAAAGUGAAACUCAAUUAAUAUUGUUGGAGGAAUCCAGAGAGAGGUACGUGAACAGGACGCACCUUUAAAAUGCCUGUAAUUUUAAAGUAAAUAUUCUCAGUACUCUGCGUAUGAGGAUGUGUCCAGAUUUUUGAUUUAUAAACCAGAUUUAUAUUACUGUUUGCAGAACCAAACAACGGCACAUUUCAACUGUGUUUUUAGAACCACCGAAGCUAUCUAUUAUUUUUCAUAAGGGACAUCAACAUGAGCUACGGGUCACAGCGUCAUUGGGCUGGAGAUUACUUUCUGCCACAUAAUACCAAAACAUAUGUCAUAUACCAUGGAACCACUAGUGGCAAUUUUAAGAAAAACUUGAUCUCUGGCAUUCGUCAAUCGCUAGAUGAUAUGUCUAGUUAUCGGGCCUGCCUCAAAGCAGACCUGAAUAAAGCGCGACUGAUAGCAGGCGUUUUACCUCUGCCAGUAGGGACAGUUCGGAUGGUCCAACAACCAGAUAAUUACAAAACAUGUGUCAUGUACCACGGAACCACUAGUGCCAAAAUAAAGAAAAACUUGAUCUCUGGCAUUCGUCAAUCGCUAGAUGAUAUGUCUAGUUACCGGGCCUGCCUCAAAGCAGACCUGAAUAAAGCGCGACUGAUAGCAAGCGUUUUACCUCUGCCAGUAGGGGCAGUUCGGAUGGUCCAACAACCAGAUAAUAACAGAACAUAUGUCAUGUACCACGGAACCACUAGUGCCAAUGCUAGGAAAAUCUUGGCCUUUGGCUUCCGUCAGUCGGCAAAUGGCAUGCUUGGUCCUGGUGUCUACCUCAGCAGAGAUCUGCAGAAAGCGAACCGCUAUCCUACUGAUCACCCCGAGUACGACAAGGUCGUCAUUAGGGUUCUGGUCAACGUGGGAAAAGUGAUUGUCAUCAAUCGUCAACACCACCCAUAUCAGAAGACUUGGCAUGACCACGGAUACGACACUGCCUGGGUGCCACCCAAGUGUGGAAUGGUGCCGAGUGGUUUGGAGGAGGAUUGUGUCUGGGAUCCCAAACGAAUCCAGAUCCUGGAUAUCAUCAAACCAGUCCUAACCUAUGGAUCUGGUGCACACGGCUACAUGUAAACUCCAUGAAGGGUUACUCGUUGAUUUUGUAUGUUCAGAUAUACUUUUAUGUAUUUGGAUAAUGAAUAAAUGACAAUCUAUUUUAAAACUGUAUCUUUGUAACAUGGAAGAUAAACAAGUCAGAAAUCUG